AGUCGAGAAUGUAGGAGUGUUUCAAAAUAUUUCUAAACAAAUCUCAUGUUUCGAAUAGAAUUGAGUUUUGUUGAUGAUGUAAUAUAAAAAAAGAAAAAUUCAAUCAAAAAUGUCAGUUUUGUUUAUCAGAGAAAAAUCAAUUAUUGAAAAUGAAUGGAUUAGAGAAAGAACUGGUUGAUAGAAGACCUUUGGUUACAUGUGCGGGAGAGCUUGAAGUUUUCUCUCCUAUCGAAGAUAAUUUACUGCAAUCAUUACCCAAAGAUUCUGCAGAAUGGAAACGUACUUUAGGAAGGCCUGUGAGAUCGGUCCAUAUUGGUGCCAAUUUCGUACCUUUCAGCUCUGUUGGCCUACCUAAAGGUUCUCAAUGGGAUUUGAUACGACAGCCUUUAUUCCAUAUUUAUUGGACUGAAUGUAAUGAUGUAGAUUUAUAUAGAUCCACAUUGAAAGAAGAUAUUGAAGGAUGGUUGAAAGAACUGACUUCUAGAGAUAUUCAAGAUUGGUUAAUAGUUGUAGUGGAAAAUUAUGAUGGUAAAAGAGCUAACAAAUUAUUACCAAGAACCACAGUAUUGGAUAAAAUACGAGCUGAUUUUGCCUUGAAACAAGGAGAUCGUUGUAUUUCUGUGAUCAACCCUGGAAAAUCUGAUACAACAGAGUCAUGGAAAGGUUUAGUAAAUCGUAUUCGACAUCUGCUUUUAGUCGCUUAUUCUAAAGCUGUCUCACGAUUGGAAGAUCAUGUGAGACAGCAAAGGGAGAAGAGAAAUGAACCAGGUUGGAAAUUUAUGAACUAUUUUCAUUUACAGGAGGAAUUGGCUCAAGUUUUGGAAAUGUUAGGCCUUUAUGAUGAAGCAUUGGUGCAGUACGAUGAAUUAGAUGCCCUUUUUUCUCAGUUUGUUGUGAAUGGAGUUACUUGUGAAUCAGUAGCUUGGUUGAGUGAUUUUCAAACCCCUUUGGAAAGAUGGCAUGCUUUGAAGUUAGGACCUUCACAACUUAUUAACAACCCUUCUAUUCUGGAACUCAGAGCAUACUUAUUUGCAAAUCAGGCACAUAUGCUUUUGCUGAUUGAUAAAGUAUGGCAGAUGGCUUUCAGAUGCUUACCUUUCUUGCACACCUGUACUAGAGAGCUGUCCAUACUAGAAAUUCCUUCACCACCAGGUGCUCUUGAUUGUUGGCUCUUUCUAGCUUCAAUGGAAGUUCUUCAAACAUGCGACAAAUUCAAUCAUGCUGGUGAGGUAGAAGCAUAUUCUAAGCACACUGCUUCAUUGUGGGCAUAUGCUAGUCAAAAGUUAAAAUCUUUGGGUGAGUUGUGCGGACUGUUACCGGGCAGUACACCAACUUCUGAGCAACUUCAUAUAGUUGUUGGUUUAUCAGCUGGAAUGGGGGACAAUCCAGGAACACCUAUUGCACCUUCACCCACGGACAAAUUAAAAGAAGCCCUUUGUUCUCAAGAUGCUUUUAACAAAACUUACUUGGAACUUGCUGAAUUAUCAAUGGGAACAUACAAACACACUGGUAGAGCUAGAUCUGCUAGGCUUGUUGGCAGGGAAAUAGCAGCCUUUUAUUUACUGUUAGGAGAAACACAAAAAGCCGCAGCAUUUUUAAGUGAUGCUUCACGACUUUUCAGGCAGGAUGGCUGGAAUGAGGUGGCAGCCCAUACUGAGAAAGAAUUGGCAGAUUGUUAUAAGCAGGCUAAUGAUUGGAGGAAAUACAUCAGGUGUUGUGCACAUGUAGCUUCUGCAGUGGAUUUGGAUACAUUAGUUCGGUGGACUUACUUUGAUGGAAUGCGCAAAUACAUUGACAAAUUAGACAAGCCCUUAGUUGUGCCUUUCAGUGAUAUUAUUAAAAUAAUAAGCAUUAGUGUAAAAAAUUUAGGAAUAAUAAUGCAAGACAGUAAUAUUGAAUUGGAAUGUGUGGUAGAGUCUAAUUUUCCUAGAGAGAUAUUAUGUUCAAAUAUAAUGGUUUCAUUGGAGAACGAACCCAAUAAGAGAGUCGAGAAGUACUGCAAAGGAAGGACUUUAACAGAAAAAGAUCUGAGGGAUUCAGAUAUGAGUUUGAGAAAAUUGAAGAUCGUAAGGCAUCUGGAUUAUAAGCAAGAUAAACAAUUGUCAAGUGUGAGUGUUAUUUGUAAAUUGAAUGAACUGAAGAGAAAGGAUAGUACUCCACCUGUACAUAGUGAUUUUCGAAGGUACUUGGAAGGCGUCAAGUUGCCCUUUUUACUAACUCCUGGAACAAAUCUUAUGAGACUGAGCACAAAGGCAACCCAAACAGGAAAAUAUAUUUUGGGACAAAUGUCUAUUCACAUUGGACAACUUCAACUGAUUUCUCAACCAAUAGUACCACGACUUUCUUUGGAGGUUGAGGAAGAAGGUCCCUCUUUAAGACUGUAUAAAAAUCCUGCACCUUUAUUAUCUGGCCUGGAGCAAGCUAUGAAUUUAAUCCUAACAAUUGGCAGUUAUCCUGUAGAUCCUACCCUGAAAGUGAAACUAAACACUUCUCGUGGUCUUACACUACAAAUAAGUCAUGAUGCUCCUUUGACAAAUAGCUGUGAAUUCGAAGUAGGUAAACAAGAAGUAUUCUCAAGUGUUCGGAGAGAGCUGAGAGUGAUGGCUGAUAUGCUUUCCAAAGAUCACCAAGUCACUAUAUUGUGCCCUUGGAAUCCUAAACCCAUAGUUGUAAGCCUUAGUUUCACACCACCACUGAUGAGUAGUUGGAAGUUGCUCACAGUCAAAUUUAGAAAAUUUGUACAAAUUAGUUUAACUGGACAAUGUCAGACUGAUAUUAAUAUAGAGAAGCCUAGAUUGAUUACGAAGCAAGAAUGUGAAGUCUUAAAUAGGAAUGAUAAUAUUGAGAUUCUUCAACAUGGCCAUACAUAUAUAUUGAUAUGGGAGGUCAUCUUGAACCCCAAAUUGAAAGGAGGUACCUUGAAUGCAGAAUUCAACAUCACAUACAGUAUAAAGGAUAUUAAAAUGGAACCUAAAUUAUACCAAUAUUUCUUCGAUAUUUCAGAUUAUGAGACCUUAUAUAUCUUGGAUGCGACUCUGGAGCCUGCAAAAGGAAACGAAUUUUGUCGUAUUGGUUCCCUUUGUCAUCUCAAUCUUACCAUCAAGAAUGUGGGGAAUAUUGUUGAUAAUAACGUCAAAACAAAGUCUAUUAUGUACGAGGUGCUUGCAGAACAGAGUGUUUGGGCUGUUUGUGGAAGGACCGCAGGAGUAGUAAGUUUCGAAUCUGAUGUGGAGCCUGAUGUUAUAGUAUUGGACAUUAUGCCUUUAACAGUUGGAUAUCUACCAUUACCUCUUGUUAGGAUAUCGAAAUAUAUCCCUGCAGAAGGACACUCAGGAAAAAAUGAAACCCAUCCCAGGCUGGAACCUUUUAGUGCAGGACAAGUUUAUAAUGCAACCAAAGGCAAACAGGUGCAUGUUAUUGCAACUCCUAAUGACAAUAACUUAUGACAUGGGAAUUCUAAAUACGCAAAAAAUAUAAUAGAUCAGACUUUUUCAAAACUUCUUUUGAUGAAAAUCUUUUAAUAUAAUUAUGUAUGAUCACAUUUAAUCCAAUUGUAUUUGACGGUGUCAAUCCAUUAAAAACCCAAAAAAAAAACACUCGGUGAUAAUAAAAAGAGCUGAUGAAUUUUAUUCUGUAAUCUCAGAAUUUUUGAGAAACCGCUGAUCCAUCCAAAUUAUAUCCAAUGAAAUAAUAUUUAUAACCUGCAGGUGAUGCAGUUUUUAUUAGAUGGAUUUCCAAGUUUUGAUAGAUUAUUGUUUUCAUGUAGAACUGAUAUUAUAAUUGUUAAUUCGGUACGAUGAUAAUUCUUUUUUCUGUUAUUAUUGCCAAAUAAUUUUAUCAAUACAUUACAAAAUUUUCUUUAAGAGUUGAGAUCUCUCUAAUGUAAACUAAGUAAACCUGUGUAUUACUCUACAAAAUUCUGCCUUCUUCAAAUGCGAUGUUUACUCAAAUGAGCAGUUAUAAAUGUAUAUAAUAAUUUUAAGUUGAAGAGGUGUACGCUCGCCCAAUGCCAUAAUUGUCAAACUUACGAGUUUCAGUAGUUUCAAAAAUAUGAAUCAAUAUACUGUGAUUUUUAUUUAAAUAUGUGUUUAUUUUAGGAAAUAAAUGAAAUAUUUAAAGAUAUUUUUGAUGGUGUGUAGUGAAUCAUUUUAUAAUUAAAAUUUAUAGAGAUA